AUUUUGAUAGCGUUCAUUCGUUUAGUAAAAUCUCUUUCAGUAACAUUAAGUUUGUUAGUAAAUAUGUUUUCAUAUAGACUACGGUAUUCGGUCUUUGCCAUGCGAUUUAUUAAUUUUCGACGUAGUUACUCCGUACUAAGCGAAGGCAGGGAAAUCCUUGUAGAACGUCUUGCCGGCAAUCAAAGUGGAAUAACUGUGUUAGGCCUCAAUCGUCCAGAAGCCAAAAAUGCCUUUAGCCGAGAUUUAGUGGAUACAUUUUCUGAUAUUUUGGUUGACUUGAAAAAAGACAAUAGUUCUCGUGUGGUUGUUUUACGUAGCUUGACACCAGGCGUAUUCUGUGCCGGUGCCGAUUUAAAAGAGCGUAAAGGCAUGUCCGAAAAGGAAGUGAGUGAAUUUGUUACGCAAUUGCGGCAACUUUUAAUAAAUAUUGAGCAACUUCCCAUGCCAGUAAUUGCAGCUUUGGAUGGUGCCGCGCUUGGUGGCGGUUUUGAAAUGGCUUUAGCUUGUGAUAUGCGCACCGCUGCUGAAAACGCUAAAAUGGGUUUAGUCGAGACUAAACUAGCAAUCAUACCUGGAGCUGGUGGUACGCAAAGAUUGCCGCGUAUUUUAUCUCCAGCGUUAGCUAAAGAAUUAAUCUUCACUGCCCGUGUUUUCACAGGCGCCGACGCCCAGCGAAUGGGUAUUGUAAACCACGUCGUUGCUCAAAAUAAAUCGGGCGAUGCUGCAUACCUUAAGGCAGUAAGCUUAGCGGAGGAAAUCCUACCAAACGGUCCAAUUGGUGUUCGUAUGGCUAAGCUGGCCGUUGAUAAAGGCAUUCAAGUCGAUCUUACUACAGGUUACUCCAUCGAGGAAGUGUGUUACGCCCAAGUAAUACCAACGAAAGACCGCCUGGAGGGACUUGAAGCGUUUGCGGAAAAACGUAAACCUGUUUAUAAAGGAGAAUGA